AUGGCGGCGGCGGUGGGGAGAGCCGGCUCCUUCAGCUCCUCUUCGUCCGGGCUCGGUCCGGCUGCCGCUUUUUCCUCUCCUUCGUCCGCCUCUACGGCCACAACGAACAACAACGCGGAGCUGCGGGCAGGCGGCGAUGAGGACGAUGGGCAGAACCUCUGGUCCUGCAUCCUCAGCGAGGUGUCCACACGCUCCCGCUCUAAGCUGCCGUCGGGGAAGAACGUUCUCCUGCUGGGUGAAGAUGGAGCUGGUAAAACUAGCCUAAUAGGAAAAAUUCAAGGCAUAGAAGAAUACAAAAAAGGAAGAGGAAUGGAGUAUUUGUAUUUAAAUGUGCACGAUGAAGAUCGAGAUGACCAAACAAGAUGUAAUGUAUGGAUUUUGGACGGUGACCUCUAUCACAAAGGUCUGCUUAAAUUUGCGAUGGAUGCGAGCUCUCUAAAGGACACUCUAAUUAUGUUGGUAGUAGACAUGUCUAGGCCUUGGACUGCACUGGAUUCUUUACAGAAAUGGGCAAGUGUUGUAAGAGAACAUAUUGACAAGUUAAAAAUUCCUCCUGAAGAAAUGAAAGAAAUGGAACAGAAAUUGGUAAGAGACUUCCAGGAGUAUAUAGAACCAGGCGAGGAUUUUCCAGCUUCUCCACAGAGAAGAAAUACUUCAUUACAGGAAGACAAAGAUGACAGUGUGAUUUUACCCCUGGGUGCAGAUACACUAACAUGUAACUUAGGCAUUCCAGUAGUAGUAGUUUGUACAAAGUGUGAUGCCAUCAGCAUUCUGGAAAAAGAGCACGACUACAGAGAUGAACACUUUGACUUCAUUCAGUCACACAUCAGACAGUUUUGCUUACAAUAUGGAGCAGCUCUUAUUUACACUUCAGUAAAGGAGAACAAAAACAUCGAUUUAGUGUAUAAAUACAUUGUCCAGAAGUUGUAUGGUUUUCCUUUCAAUGUUCCAGCUGUUGUUGUGGAAAAGGAUGCAGUAUUUAUUCCUGCAGGUUGGGACAAUGACAAGAAGAUAGGAAUAUUGCACGAGAACUUUCAGACACUAAAAGCAGAAGACAGUUUUGAAGAUAUCAUAACAAAACCUCCAGUCAGAAAGUUUGUUCAUGAAAAAGAAAUUGUAGCAGAAGAUGACCAAGUGUUUCUCAUGAAGCAGCAGUCACAGCUGGCGAAACAACCACCUACAGCUGCAGGAAGGCCAGUGGAUUCCUCUCCAAGAGUUCCUGGUGGGUCUCCUAGGACACCGAAUAGAUCUGUAACAUCAAACGUUGCCAGUGUUACACCUAUCCCUACUGGGUCAAAAAAAAUUGAUCCCAAUAUGAAAGCUGGAGCUACUAGUGAAGGAGUCCUGGCUAACUUCUUUAAUAGUCUCCUGAGCAAGAAAACUGGUUCCCCUGGUGGCCCUGGUGGUGUUGGUGGCAGUCCAGGAGGAGGUGGUGCUGGAGGUGCUGGCAGCAACUUACCACCAUCAGCAAAAAAGUCAGGUCAGAAGCCAGUCUUAACAGAUGUUCAGGCAGAACUGGACAGAAUGUCACGGAAACCUGAAAUGGUCUCUCCUACAACACCUACAUCUCCCACAGAAGGCGAAGCAUCCUGAAGACACCAAAUAAAACCAAUUGUUCACUUUUCUGGGAUAAGUCAAACUUGCCUCUGCCUCUUCCUUCAGUGACUGGAACUAAAGAACUGAAUUAUCUUUCAGAACACAAACAGUUGAUGUUUGUCUUUUUCUUAUGUGUUGCCCAGCUUUACGCAAGGGAGCUGUACAGAUGGAGAACGGUUAUCGCAUCCUGUAGGAGUACUGCUGAGAGCAAGAAUAGUAAAUGAAUUCCUCUCUGGGUUUCGUGGCAAAGUCAGUGUCAUUCUGUAAAACUGCAAGUAUAUCCACUUAAGUUAUAGGGGCUGCUUAGAACAGGAAAACUGAUAUGCACCACAGGCACUUAAUUUAUACUGAUUUCCCAACCUGUUAGGCAAGUUUAAUACUAUCUUAAAUAGAUUAACCUUUACAGAAGAGAACAACUACUAAUUUUUGGAAGACAAAAUUAACAAACAUCAAACUCCAUUUGUACUUGAAUGCUUCAUUUGGGGUAUGGCUAAAAAACUGUUUGGUCUCCACUGAGAUUCAAACUGCAUUCAAAAACCCAUGCCAAAGUUCAUUCCAGAUAUGACUAAAUUAGUGAACAUUUUUUUGGGGGGGGAGGUUUCUCUUUCAUUAAUUUCAGACACUGAAUAACAGAUGUAUAAAGGCAAAGCAGAGGUUAAAUGUACAGUUACCAGUAUCCAGAUUUGUCUAUAUAUAUGGCUCAGCCUUAAGGUCCUCCACUGUCUCCCACAUGAGUAAUGGUUUCAAAUUGGUCAUCCAAACUGUAAUCAGUAAAUAAAGUAUUCUCUGCAUUCAAAUUUAA